UUUUCGCUCUCGCUUUCAAUUAAGAAAGAAGAGAGCAGCAAAGAAAAAAUCCCAAAUUGCUUAUAUACUUGGAUUGUCUACAGUGGUCUUCUCCUCACUUCAUAUUUUUCUUGCCAUUAGGCACCACAUUGGGUACAAUUGAAACGACUAUCCUACCAUGGGCAAAUCCAAGCCUCAGCAAAAGAAGGAAUCCAAGUCGAAAAAGUCCGUCCUCGGCGCCGGCGGCUCGGUUUCGAAACAGAAAAUGAACGAAGACCCUUCCAAGCUCCUGGAGCAAGCGACACUACUCCUACAGACCGGACAAGCGGAUACGGCAGCGCCGCUGGCAGAGCGGGCUCUCAACGAUGCGCCCGCCAAUUCGCCCCUCCAGCUGUCGGCCCUGAACCUGGUCGCAGAGAUUUAUGUGGAACUUGGGGAGGUGGAAGCCGCGAUGCAGCAUUUCCUUCGCGCGGUCGAGCUCGACGCGGAUGGCAGCAUACCUGAGUCUGAAGGAGGAGGCGCUGAGAAAUUCCUAUGGCUGGCUCAGCUGAACGAGCAAGGCGGACAGGCUAGUGUUCAGUGGUUCGAGAAGGGAGUGGCAACUCUGAGGAACACCAUUCGACAGCUGGAGGAGAACCCUGGUCCCGCAGAGGCUAUCGAGCUGGAUGAGAAGAAGCGGAAGAUGGCCAACGCCUUGUGCGGAGUGGCUGAGAUCUACAUGACUGACCUUUCCUGGGAGGCAGAUGCCGAAAACCGCUGCGAGGCCCUGAUCACAGAAGCGCUACUUGUGGGACCCCAUGUGCCCGAGGUGAUGCAGACGCUUGCCUCCAUCCGAAUUUCACAGCUACGGCUCGAUGACGCCCGUGCCGCCCUCUCGCGGAGUCUCGAACUAUGGAAAGACAUGCCGCCCGAGGAUCCGAUCAUCCCCGACUUUGCGACCCGGAUCAGUCUCGCUCGUCUGCUGAUGGAGGUUUCCAUGGAACUCGAGGCUCUGGGAGUGCUGGAGCGUCUGAUCUUGGAAGACGACCAGAGUGUGGAAGCGUGGUACCUCGGAGGAUGGUGUCUUAACCUUCUGGCCGAGAAGAAAGAGGCCCCCAAGGACGCUGAAGAGGAGGCGCAAUCCGACGUGUCCCCCGAGGAAAAGAGACUCGCUUCCCUUGUCGCUAGUCGAGAAUGGCUCAAACAAAGCUUGACCCUCUACGAUUUGGUCCAGUACGAGGACGAGCCGAUCAAAGAGCACGCCAAUGAACUGGUCCAGGAGAUGAACAAAGAACUGGGCGAGGAAAUGGAGGACGACGAAGAAGGCGAAGAGGGCGAAGAAGACUGGGAAGACGAGAUCAAGUCCGACAGUGACGAUGAGAUGGCGGACUCUUGAAAAGUUACAUAUAGUCCUCUUUACAUUCCAUACAUGAUACCAAUAGAAAAGAC